AUGUCCGAAACAGCUUACCAACUCUUUUUGAAUGAAAAAUGGAAUUCCGGAAAAAGAACUGAAGGCCGUAGAUACUCUUCAUUCAUCCGGGACCUGGCAAUAAACCUAAGCUAUUAUUCGAACGCUGCGUAUGAAAAACUUAGAAAGAUCUUUACCUUGCCGUCCGUUCGAAGUCUUCGCCGCUACCAUGCACCAGUCGGUUGCUCUUCCGGGAUUUUAAAGAAUGAUUUAGCUCAGAUAAAGACAGACAUUUCAGAAGGAACACACGGCCAAGAUGUAACCCUUAGUCUCGAUGAAAUGUCUAUCAAGAAGGCGUUGUGCUACGACCCGCAACUUAAGAAAUAUAUGGGAUUUACCGAUUUCCCAGAUGACAAACCUUUCAGUCGGGAAACAGAUCACCAAAUUCUUGCUACGCAAGUCUUGGUGUUCUAUGUUGUAGGAUUAGAUGGAAAAUGGAGAUCGCCUGUGGCUUAUUAUAUUACGAACCAUUUAACCGGGCUGGGCCAGUCGAAAGUGCUGAACGAUGUCAUUAUUGCUUGUCAUGAAUUCAACGUAAAUGUAAAAGUAGUUACUUUCGAUGGGUUGGCGGCAAAUCUAACGAUGGUCAAUGCCCUUGGAGCGAACAUCAGGAUUCCCCAAAAACCACCGAAAUGUGUUCCUAGCCGUCGCACAAAUAACACUCCAGAGCAAAUGAAAAUCCACCGUAUAAAAUACGCUGCGAUGAAAACUUUUUUCCUUCAUCCUAAGACCAAAGAAGACAUUUACCUGAUGUUAGAUACGUGCCAUAUGUUAAAAUUGGCUCGUAACCUAAUAGCACAGACACCGAAAGGAAUUGUUAUACCUGGCUUUCCGAAACCGGCAAAAUGGUCGUACAUUACCGAGCUCUUCGAAUACCAGAGCCGUCUAGGAUUUCGUCUUGGUAACAAGCUGACUAAAAACCACGUCGACAUUGGCACACACAAGAUGAAAGUAGUUCUGGCUGCUCACGUUUUGAGUAAUUCAACUGUGGAUACUCUUCGCCAUUUACGGGAGGAUCUGAAACACUUAAACUUUACGGGAAGUGAGGCCACUGAGGAAUACUGCCGAAAGUUCAACAAGAUUUUCGACAUCCUGAACUCAUGGAAUCCAAAACAAACAGAUGACAGAGCACCACUAACACUUUCCAACCUAGUUCUGUUACAAGAAUCCAAGAUGGGCAAAACGAAAACCAAUAGUCAAGUCUGUACAUCUUCAAGAGUCACACGAACUGUAGUAACUGAAGAGCAAGUUAAAAACGCACCAAUAGUCCAACGCGUAACCGUACAGUCGAUUUUACUCGAGCCCGAAGUAAGUACUGACGAAUGCGCCAAUUCUUGUGCAGAAAGGGAUUGA